AGCAUGGCAUGUAUAAAUCAUGACUUCUGUAGCUUUGUUCCUCCUCGCAUUCGUGGGCAGCUUGCAACUGUCUAAUGCUGCUGAAGGACCCCGGCAGGUUGAACUUAAGCAGGGAACGAUACCGUUUUUUGACAUCCAGAUUGCAUACAAGCUUUACGAUGUAGUAAACCCCGGUCCCGCAGAAGAGGCACGGCUAAACCCAACGGCAAUUUUUUUACACGGGGCCAAGUAUGCUUCCGACUACUGGCUGCAGCUAGGCACCUUAAAGAUCGUCGCAGAGGCAGGAGUGCGCGCGAUGGCCAUUGACCUCCCUGGUUUUGGCGCGACUCCAGCUUUGCCUUACAGCGAUAACAACAUGCGUGCAGAACUCCUUAAAACGGUCAUUGAGGCCGCCUGGCCCCGGGUCAAUUCAUCCGUCUACCUUAUCUCGCCCUCCAUGAGCGGGCGUUAUUCCAUCCCCUUCCUUGACCGCCACGGCGUCAUGAUCACCUCGUUCGUGGCGGUGGCGCCCAUCGGAGUCCGUGACUGGGGCGGCCCCUGGGAGGAUACACACAGAAAGGUGUGCGCCCUGGCGGUGUACGGCUCUAAGGACCCGCUCGCGAAGGACGCGGACCGGCUCCUUCGGCUCUUCCAGUACGCAUGGAAGGUGGUCAUCCCUGGUGCUGGGCACCGCAGCUACGAGGAUAAGCCGGAGGUCUUCCACAAGCUGUCUUCACGCCUUACCCAGGGAUGCCGCAUGGUGAUGGUGGCGAAGAUGGUGCUGGUGACCUUCCUACGCAAGUGCCGGCGCACCCGGGACAGUGGCCAUAACGUGGAGGGUGAGAGCGGCAUCGAGCUGGUCAAGACGCUGCGUGCGGCAGAAGCGGCCACUGCACGUUGACGAGUUCGGGCAGAGCUCCCGGGCUCCCAUUGGCGCACAGGCUGGAGGUUAACCUUAUUACCUCCGAAGGGAGGGGGAAGCUGGUACUGCGGCGGGGCCAGACCCAAGCAUACGUUGCGAGGGCUGUGAAGUGUGUAAGCCCCGGCCGGAACACGAUUCAUGUUGUUGGCUGUUGGAUGUGAGUGAGGACCUGCCCUUGGCUCCUCUAGGUGAUCAACCUGACGUGAAUCCCGGUGGCGUAUAUGGUAAAAGAACAGUAUGUUUUCUAUGGCCCAACUGGUCUGUCCACACGCAACAAAGCUGUCUGGCCAUUGGAAUACCCACACGAUGAUAAAUGCGUGAGAGAUAAUGAUAGGGGGCUUUCGCCGUGCCACGUGAUUGGUUUCCAACUGUGGGGUGUGCAGCCAUGUAUUGUACAAAGUCAGAACCUCAUGGUCUGUGGGAAAACGAUUGUCGCCAUAUCCAGGGGGAACGGUUAACGACUAUGAACCCAGUCGAAACGUGAGCACGACACGCAUCUUCUGCUUACGCGUCCCAAAAACGUAUACUGGCGUCUGAUAUGGUCCUGUUGCUGCCCUAAGGGAGAUUCCUAUGGCAGCAAAUUGUGGUCCCAGCUAUGGGGCCCUUUGCUCUCCCGUGGGCUGACGGCUGUCCCGAACAGCCUGGUGGCCGGCUGCCUGCAACGUAGAUGCUUGCGGCCUGGCGAGGUUAGGUCCCAUAGGCAGCAGAGUUGGCCUGCCGAUGCAUCCACCAAAUGUACUGGGCAGCACGCGUACAUGGGGGUCUACCCGCGCCAAGUGUAACGCAAACACUGAUC